UUUUCUUCCAAAAAAAAUUAAGAAUCGAAAAACACACACUUCCACAGCUCACACAAGCUAAGAGAGUUGAGAGACACACACAGACAUAUCCUGUGUUAGCAGCGUCGCGAGGUAGCGGCGGCGAACAAUUUCCGAUUACUGCAUUCAUUCAGUCGACAAGAUUUGAUGGCUUCGAAGUUGCAGCAGUUGCAGUCCAAAGCAUGUCAAGCAUCUAAAUUUAUAGCCAAACAUGGAACUGCAUACCACAAGCAGUUGUUGGAGCAAAACAAGCAAUACAUUCAGGAUCCUCCUACAAUAGAGAAAUGCAACCUUCUGUCUAAGCAAUUAUUUUACACCCGCCUUGCUAGUAUUCCAGGUCGUUGUGAGUCCUUUUGGAAGGAACUUGAUUAUACCAAGCAAUUCUGGAAGAAUAGGCAAGAGUUGAAGGUUGAAGAUGCAGGUAUUGCCGUUUUGUUUGGCCUGGAAUGCUUUGCAUGGUUUUGUGCUGGUGAGAUUGUUGGAAGGGGAUUUACUUUCACGGGUUACUAUGUCUGACAGUAAUCACUUAAUAAUGUAAGAUUUAGCGGGGUCUAUUCUCCUAAAGUCAGGAGUACUGUCAUUUAUAACAUUAUGUCGAUUUUGGGCAUUCUACAAGCAAUUUGUCAUUCUUUUUUCGAGGGAAAAAGGUUGAGAAAAUAGUGGUUAAUAAGCCUCAGUAACCUCUUGUAUUUGAAGCGGGAUGAACCAUACAUUGUUCUUUUAUCAUGUAAGAAAGCUAGCUGUGGUAUUCGACGAUAAUUAUUUUCCUGUAAUUUUUUAAUCAUUUUUGCCAUUUUCAAUGACUAUCAAUGUUUUCAGCUUUGCAUGAAACAUUACAACGAGAAUAAAAAUUGUGGAAUUUUUGUAC